AUGGCGGGAGGUGUAAGUCCUGAAAAAGUGAAAGCGCUUCUCUCUUCGUUCCUUGUCAACGACAGUAAAUCCCCUGACAGGAUCAAUCCGUUAACGGGGAACAGUUUCAUCAGUAACGACAGCAGACUUGACGAUUCGACCACAGAAUCUUCAGCACAGUCCCCAAAUAACUUGACAGGCAGUUUGAGGAGCUUUGAGAAGUUUCUCCAAAGACUUGAUACUUUUUCAAUAUCCUUUUUUUCAUUUAUUAAUCAAUCUGCCACUUGGUUUGGUAAACCUGCAGAACUGAGCCCCAUAAUCUGUGCUCGCUACGGCUGGGAGAAUGUUGACUCUGACAUGCUGCAGUGUGUUGGAUGUAAAGCUUUUCUGGCAGGACAACUGCCCAGCAGGCUGGAUUUAACUGCUUAUGAAGAAAGCCUUUCAAAACUGAAGAAAAACUUGCUGUCAUCUCAUGACAAGUUCUGUGUGUUGGCUGCAAAUCCUUGUCCAGAGCAUUUUUGUCAUGUCCCUGUUGAUGACCCUGUGAACUUAAUGACCAGUUUCUCUGGAAGGGUCAAAUCACUGAGUCGGAUCCAAGACAGACUUCCCCAUUUGGACGAGACAGAUUUACAAGCACUGGGCUAUGAUACGGCACAAGGUGCUGCUUACUGUAGGAGAAAUCUGGUUCCAGGUGUUGAUGCCUCACCUCAAGUCGUAGCUCUGGCAUUUUCUGGAUGGGCCUGCAGUGAAUCGGACGAGAAUGUCCUUACGUGCAGCAUGUGUCGCAGACAAAUUGGCUUGUGGAAUUUUGUUUCGUCUUCUUCAACUGUGGACCAGAAAACUUACAUUGGUAAUGGAGAUGGGGAUGCAACAGAUGAUGGUCAAUCCACUCCCAAAAGGAGAAAAGUUUGUCUGAACAAGAAGGAUUCUUUGAACCCCCUUGGAGAGCAUCAUCGCUGGUGUCCAUGGAUACAAGAGAUCCCUCUGCCAUCGUCACCUGGAAAUGCAGCAGUUCCAUCAUCUCACAGUGAUGUUGGCAGAACUCAGCAGUCAGCCCCAGCUUUGAUUGUGGCCUUAAGAUGUAUAGCUCCUGGGCUCAUGGACAGCAACAAGGGAUUUGCAAACACCAUGAAAACGAGUCCGAUGGUGGAAGGCCUUCGAUAUUUCCGGAAAAUUCUCAAAGCCUGGUCCUCUCCAAAAGUUCAUACGAAAACUUCUAGUCCAUCAUGA